GUAGGUGUGAGGGCUGACAGAGGAGGGAGGCUUGAGGGAAGAGGGAAUGAGACGGAGUAAGGAGGUUGUGGGAGAGGAAAGAGAACAAGCUGGCACACAGGGAUGAGCGGUGGAGCCGGGCCGCACCCCCGGCGGGUGCUGGUGACUGGGGGUUCCGGGCUGGUGGGCCACGCCCUGCAGCAGGUGGUGAGCGAAGGAAAGGAGCUGACCAGCGAGGAGUGGAUCUUCCUGUCCUCUGCCGACGCUGACCUGACGAAGGCAGCAGAGACCAGGGCAGUGUUCGCUCGCUGUCAGCCCACCCACGUCAUCCACCUUGCUGCCAAGGUGGGAGGGCUCUUCCACAACAUGACGCACAACCUGGACUUCUGGCGGCAGAACAUACAGAUAAACGACAACGUCCUGCAGAUGGCCCACGAACACGGAGUGUCCAAGGUUGUCUCCUGCCUCUCUACCUGCAUCUUCCCUGACAAGACCACCUACCCCAUCGACGAGACCAUGAUACACAAUGGGCCUCCACACAGUUCCAAUUUUGGAUAUUCCUAUGCCAAGCGCAUGAUUGACGUUCAGAAUCGGGGCUACCAUGAGCAACAUGGCCGCAUGUUCACGGCGGUGAUCCCCACCAACGUCUUCGGCACUCACGACAACUUCAACAUCGAGCAGGGCCACGUCUUACCGGGGCUGAUUCACAAGACCUACUUGGCACAGAAGAACAACACCCCCCUGGUGGUGUGGGGCUCGGGAAAGCCUAGGCGACAGUUCAUCUAUUCUCUGGAUUUAGCUCGCCUCAUCAUCUGGGUCCUGAGGGAAUACCAGGAGACCGAGCCCAUCAUACUGUCAGUGGGAGAAGAGGAGGAGGUGUCCAUUAAGGAGGCUGCGGAGAGUAUUGUGUCGGCCAUGGGGUUCAAAGGCGAGGUGGUUUUUGACACAAGCAAGUCCGACGGUCAGUUCAAGAAGACAGCAAGUAACUGCAAGUUGAGGAAGUACCUGCCCGACUUCCAGUUCACCCCCUUCAGCCAAGCUGUCAAAGAGACCUGCGAAUGGUUCGUCGCCAAUUACGAUGCAGCAAGGAAGUGACAGAGGGCCGGCUGCUCAUUCACAUGGAUCUGGGUGUGAAGAUAGUUUGGGAAUAGAUAUAGAUACAAUUCACUCUAGUAACGGGUCUGAUCUGAGAAGCAAGCAAGAUAGCAAACCCAGGUUUUUCUUGUAUGGAAUCUUCCAAAACACCCCCCCAAAAAAGACGCCUGCUCUAUGCUGCACCUCAGAACAGUCACAACAACUCCGGUCAGACACAGUAGCGCCCCUGCGGAGUGUGGCCGAGAGGGAUUUUACUGCCUGCUAUCGCCAUAAUAAAGGGAUUAUUUAACCCCCUCCUUGUACUGCUCAUUCACUGAUUUAGUAAUGCUGACUCCGUGUAACACUACUCUGGCUGUGGGCUUCACUGUAUGGCGGUGCCCACUAUCCGCACAGCCCCACCCCUCUGCUCUGAGGGACAAUGCAGUCCUAGGGGUGGUGAUCAGGCAGUCACUGGAAUCUGUGGCUGUUCGGUAAUGUUCACCAUGCCUUCAGAAGGUUGCUGUUUAAGGGUGGAGCACAAUCCUUUUCAGCAGUUCCACUUUUGUAUAGGGAUUUAAAUAUUAAAUGUUGGUUACCAAUCCA